GCUGAGACACAGCGACGAGCCCUGAUCUGUUUCAAGCGCGAAGUGCGUAGCUUCACCGCGCUUUACGUGGGUCGGAAAUUGGCUGGUUGGGAUUUGGAGACUGUGAUUUGAUUUCAGACUAUCAAUGGAUACCCAGAAGGACGUUCAACCCCCAAAGCAGCAGCCAAUGAUAUAUAUCUGCGGAGAAUGUCACACAGAAAAUGAAAUAAAAUCCAGGGAUCCAAUCAGAUGCAGAGAAUGUGGAUACAGAAUAAUGUACAAGAAAAGGACUAAAAGAUUGGUGGUUUUUGAUGCUCGAUGAAACAUGGAAUUCAGAGGAUUAUCUUCAUUUGAACUUGGACUUGCUGUUAAUGUUGUAUAGCUUUUGAUGUGUGUAUUUACCUUUAUGAAUACAACUACAUACACAUGAUUUCAUUUUAAAAUUCAUCUUGUAUUUAGGUAUCUAUUAAUAGUGUCUAUAAAGAAAAAUUAUUUGUUCAAUUACAGUAUUUAUAAUUUCCUUU